CUCAUUCUUACAAAACCUCAUUUUGUUCUGUUCAUUUUGGUUGUCCGUGUCCGGAUUGCCGAGAGAAGCUUCCACCUCCACAAGGUCCGGCUGCGGCGCAACAGCGGCUAUUUCAAGGAGAAGUUGAAAGACGAGACGACAGACGAAGUCAAUCUCCCUCGAUUUCCCGGUGGAGCUGAGGCCUUCGAGCUGACCGCACUCCUGAUGUAUGGUCACGAUGCAUUAGUAGAGGCAGAUAACGUAGCUGCUCUAAGAUGCGCCACAGAUUUCCUAGAGAUGUGGCGCCACUGCCAAGGCCUGGACAUGUAUCUCAACCAGGUGGUCCUCCAGAGCUGGCACCAGACUGUGCUGGUGCUGUCCCAGGCCCACGGGCUGCUCCCAUGGGCGGAGGACGUGCUCCUCGUCACCCGCUGCAUCGAGACCAUGGCGUUCAUGGCAUGCAUGGAGAUUCUUGAUCCAGAGCAGGGUCGGGAGCAGGCGCUGCAGCUGCACGAGCCUUGGCCGUGGAGGGAUGCCGCUGUGGGGGAUGUGGUCAGCAGAGAUGUAUGGAUAUUAGAUGUCAUUGCUCUGCCGUUUGCUUUUUUCAAGAGGGUCAUUGCAUCUCUGAGGCGGCAGGCCAUUGAGGACAAAUAUGUCUGCACCAUUAUACUAUUGUAUGCCCACACCCACAAAGAAUCUGCCCCCGGGCUUGCAGACUUGCUUCCAGACAGGGGCGUCCCAGUUGGGUUCUACUUGUACUUGCUAGCCAUAGGGACGGGGAGGAACGAGAGCUUGGAGAAGAAGGUUGCAUCCAUGCUGCAUCUGGCUCAGCCGGAGGAUCUGGCUGGUAUUGAGUUAGCAGUGGUUGAGAGGAUAUUCUUGGGCUCGGACACCAGGUCACCUGCUGUUGCGCGGCUAUGGGACCAGUACCUAACUAACAUAGCUGCUGAUCCUGACCUCCCCUGCACAAGACUCAUCACUCUCAUCCAAACAACUAUUCCCCAUUCCAGCAGGCAUACACAUGAUUACCUCUACACGGCGCUAGACUUCUUCUUCCGCUCCCACCCCAACCUUUCGCAGGAGGAGAAAGGAUCACUCUGCAAAUAUCUCGACUGCCAAAAACUCUCUCCGUCUGUCUGCAUUGAAGUCCUCAGGAAUGAGGUGAUGCCACUGCGCCUCAUGAUGCAGGCGCUCUUUGUGCACGCUCAACACAUGUCCAUGCCACCUGACCACAAAAACAGCUAUGAGUCCACUGCCUUCAGAAUCCAGAAUCUUGAGACAGAGCUCCAGUCUCUCAAGAGGACCCUCCACCUGCAACAGAGUAAAAAUCAUCAAAAGUCCAGCUGCAUUGCAACUUUCACUUUUACUUUGCACAGAAAAUACGCAGAUAAAGUACGAAACAUACUCCAUCAGCUCCUCCUGUUUGGUGGAGGAAAAUCAAAGAGAAACAGACCUGCUUCCGCUUCCUUUCCCAAUUAAUAUAGUAUAUUUAACGAUUUCA